AGUUUUGCUCUUUCGCUUACCAGAUAAACUUUGUCUUGUUCGAAUUCUAAACGUUGUUUAUGUGUUCUGUUAUAUAUUAGAUGUAUAGGAUUACAUGAUUUGGCUGUAAGAGUAGUGUUACAUCGCUCGUAUGUUUAAUAUGAAUUUCAAAUUUCAUUCAAUUCGUGUCACUUCUUCGGUUCUUCUGUUAAUCGGUUCCGAACUAGUCGAAUAAUUUCUCAUAUUAGGAAAAAGAUUUUAAGUUACCAGCAGUCACUCGAGAGCCCGAUUUUGGGUUCAAAAAUGGAUUUCUAGGAGUCCAUCUCUGUGGGAAAUAUAUUCAACGGUUCAACUUCACGUUCAUGCUCUGUUUGGUUGGGAAGUAGGGAAUCAAGUGGAAUUGAAUUCAAUACUUCAUCGUAUCUCAUCCCAGUUCAUCAACCCCAACCAAAAUCAACAUUAAUGUCUAGUUGUAGAUUUUGAACUAUACUGGAUAUCGCUUGGUCAAAUGAGCUUUGAUACCGUGUCAAGUUACAUUACCAGUUACCCUAAAACGUGAAAACUUUGGAAUGAUAAAAUCUUAAAGUUUACAAGUGAGAAGUUUGUGUGGAUGAUCAGCAAACUGCAAAUUUGCAAGAAUGAUUUUGUCUGCUCUUCUAACUUCUGUUGGGAUCAACUUGGGUCUUUGCCUUUUGUUUUUCACCCUAUAUUCCAUAUUGAGGAAACAACCAAGUAAUGCCAAUGUCUAUGCACCACGUUUAGUUGUUAAAGGAAAAUUGCAGAGAAACGAGUUUAACUUUGAAAGGAUCUUGCCUUCUGCUAGUUGGCUGAGAAAGGCAUGGGAGACAUCUGAAGAAGAACUUUUAUCAGUCUCAGGCUUGGAUGCUGUCAUCUUCAUGCGUAUAUUUAUAUUCAGUAUAAAGAUUUUUACUUUCGCCAUGACCAUUGCACUGAUCCUUCUUCCUAUCAACUACUUGGGGGAUCAAUUAACGUUGGCUGACUUUGAUCUGCCAAAUAAGUCUCUGGAAUCAUUCAGUAUUUCAAAUGUCAAUGAUGGAUCAAUCAGGUUAUGGAUUCACUUCUCUGCUGCUUAUAUCUUCACAGCAUUUGUCUGCUAUCUUCUUUACUCUGAGUUCAGUUACAUCUCAUCGAAACGAAUAACGUGUUUUUAUUCAUCUGAGCCCAAGCUGCAUCAGUUUACUGUAUUAGUUCGAAGUAUUCCUGUUUCGUCAGGAAUCAGCUAUAGUGAAAGUGUUGAGAACUUCUUCACAGAGUACUACCCUUCUACAUAUCUUUCACAUGUUAUUGUUCGUCGAACAAAUAAACUCCAGAAGUUGAUUAGUGAUGCUGAUAAUUUAUCUAGAAGGCUUCUUCAUAUGAAAUCAAGGAAGUCUACUCGACAAAAGGUCGGACGUGCUAGCUUUUUAGGUCGGAAAGUUGAUCUUUUGGAUCAAUAUGAAAAGAAACUUGAAUUUCUGGUAGAAAGUGUCAGAAUGGAGCAGGCUUUAAUAACUGGACAGGAAGUGCCUGCUGCAUUUGUUUCUUUCAAGUCACGGUUUGGUGCAGCAGUAGCUUUACACAUCAAACAAGGUGCAAAUCCUACAGAGUGGAAUACUGAGACAGCCCCUGAGCCCCAAGAUGUGUAUUGGCCCUUCUUCUCUGCAUCAUUCAUGAGAAGAUGGAUUUCCAAUUAUGUGGCUGUUGUCGCUUGCAUUGUUCUUACUGUUUUGUUCUUCGGUCCCGUUCUUUUGGUACAAAGUCUUACUCAUUUGAAUCAGUUGGAGACUUGGUUCCCUUUUCUGAAAGGCAUACUGAGUAUGAAACUUGUCAGUCAAGUUAUCACAGGAUAUCUUCCUAGUCUUGUUCUGCAGAUGUUUCAGUACUUUGUGCCUCCUACCAUGAUAAUGCUCUCCUCUAUUCAAGGAUACAUUGCCCGCAGUCAGAUAGAAAAGAGUGCCUGCUAUAAGGUACUCUGGUUUACCGUAUGGAAUGUGUUCUUUGUAACUGUCCUAUCAGGAUCUAUUCUUUACCAGACUAACGUCUUCCUGGAGAUUAAAAAGCUUCCCAAUGUAUUAGCUGUUGCUGUUCCAGGGCAGGCGGAGUUCUUUAUUGCAUAUGUUCUGACAUCUGGCUGGACAAGUACAUCUUCAGAACUGUUUCAGUUGAUUCAACUUAUCUGGAGUUUCAUAGAAAGAAAUAUUCUAGGCAGAUCUGAUGAUGAGUUAGAGGUCCCUUCAGUUCCAUACCAUCGCGAAAUUCCCAAAAUUCUCUUUUUUGUGCUUCUUGGUAUAACAUACUUUUUCCUAGCCCCGCUAAUUCUUCCAUUUAUCCUGGUUUACUUCUGUCUGGGUUACAUCAUUUUCCGCAAUCAGCUUUUGAACGUAUAUGCACCAAAGUACGAGACUAAUGGGAAGUUUUGGCCGAUUGUGCACAAUUUGACCAUUUUUUCCUUGGUGCUGAUGCACAUUAUCGCCUUCGGUAUAUUUGGGCUGAAAAAAAUGCCCCUGGCUUCUGGCUUUAUGAUUCCCCUUCCAGUCAUGACUAUCUUAUUCAACAACUAUUGCCGGAGAAGGUUUCUACCAAUGUUCAGUUCGUAUGCUGCUGAGUGUCUGAUAAAGAAAGACAAAAAUGAUCAAAACAACCCAACAAUGGAUGCUUUUUAUGAAAAACUUGUCACUGCUUAUCGUGAUCCUGCGUUGUCGCCAAUUCAAAUUACUGAAAACAUUGAUGGGCUCAGCGCUCCCCUUCUUUAGGCUACUGAAGUUUGAAGUUGAGAGGUAUGUAAACUCUUGAUCCUGUAUUGGUAUAUCUUGCAUGUAGAUACUCAGUCAAAAGACCCUGCAGCCUAUGAAGGAUGUUAAACAUUCCAACAUAACCUAUAUGUAAGAGGACUUGCAUAAUCAGCAUCCCCGCAGGUAAAUCUAAGGGUAACUUAAGGACAGAGCAUAUUUUUUUGAAGUUCAUAGCUCUACAGAGUUGGUUUGGGAUAUAUAACAAAAGGAAAGGAAGAGGCUUUGUCAGCAGGUCAGCUAAACCUGUGAGUCACACCUGAACGAGACUUCGUAUUGUUAAGUUUACUGAUAAGCUCAAAUACUCUACAGCCAAACAUCUUGCUUAAAAUGAAGAGAAUGCUACAUUCCUUUGCAUUUAAAUUAAGAAUUGUACUGGAAUUUAUCUAUCUUAAAAAUAUCCUUUUACUUUUUCAGUAUGUAUCGCUGAUUAACAUCCCACUAAAUUCUACAGAUAGGGAAUUUGAGUUAUUCAGGAUACAAAAUUCCUGUUGAAUUAUGUUGUGCAAGUCCUUGUUUCGUUUGUAUCAUUCUUCUCGCAUGCAAUCAAUUAUCAGUUACCUGGA